AUGGUUGGAAAUAGACCUCCUACAAGUUUGUUGCCCACCAACUAUAUAGUAUUAGUAAAUAUGUUUACAGAAACUGAUUUCUAAAACGAUCCCGAUUUCUUCACAGAUCUUAAAGAAGAUGUUAGUGAGGAAUGCAAAAAGUAUGGCGAUGUUGUUGAAGUAUUUGUAGCAAUUCGUAGUCCUUGUGGUUCUGUAUUUGUAUUGUUUAAUGAUGCUACUGGCGCAGUAAAUUGUGCAAAGAAUAUUGAUGGAAGAAUGUUUAAUGGAAGACCUAUUUCUUCAUAUUGUAUUUCAGAAGACACUCUUCAAGAUGAAUUACAAGAACAUCUUUGA